GUGCAGGUGCGCGAGCUGCGGCGAGAUUAGACAAGAGAAGCGAGAAGAUGCGCCUUCUGCACUUAAAAACAACACGACCGGAGAUCCGUUGAGGUCUCUCUCUCUCUCUCACGCGCGCGCACACACACACACACACACACACACACACAUACACUGCUCUGUCAUCCGGAUCAGGAGACUGUAUACAGUGUCAGUAUGCUGACUAACAGCACAUUCCCGCACCUGGAAAACGACUUGUUCUUUAAUUCAUCUGGCAAUGAAACGCUCGGUGAAGCUCACGGCAGCGCGAUCCUCAUCUCCUUUAUCUACUCUGUCGUGUGCCUGGUCGGACUCUGUGGCAACUCCAUGGUCAUUUAUGUCAUAUUCAGGUAUGCCAAGAUGAAAACUGCUACAAACAUUUACAUUUUGAACUUGGCGAUUGCGGACGAGCUGCUGAUGCUCAGUGUGCCCUUCUUGGUUACAUCUUCGCUGCUUCACCAUUGGCCGUUCGGCUCGUUCUUGUGCCGUCUGGUUUUAAGCGUGGACGCCAUCAAUAUGUUUACCAGUAUCUACUGCUUAACCGUCCUAAGUAUCGACCGAUACAUCGCCGUAGUGCACCCCAUCAAAGCGGCCCGGUAUAGGAGACCUACAAUUGCCAAGAUGGUCAACUUGGGCGUGUGGAUGUUCUCCAUCCUGGUCAUUUUGCCCAUCAUCAUAUUUUCCACUUCCACACCAAACUCGGACGGCUCGGUCGCAUGUAACAUGCAGAUGCCCGAGCCGCAGCGUCGGUGGAUGGCAGUGUUCGUGAUUUACGCCUUUCUCAUGGGCUUCCUUUUCCCGGUGCUCGCCAUAUGCAUGUGUUACGUCCUGAUCAUAGCGAAGCUAAGAGUUGUGGCACUGAAAGCGGGCUGGCAACAGCGCAAAAAGUCCGAGAGAAAGAUCACGCUCAUGGUCAUGAUGGUGGUCACGGUGUUCGUGAUUUGCUGGAUGCCAUUUCACGUCAUGCAGCUCGUGAACGUGUUCGAGGAGCGCCACAACGCCACGUUCAGUCAGCUGGCCGUGAUUUUGGGCUAUGCCAACAGUUGCGCUAAUCCCAUCCUCUACGGCUUUCUCUCGGACAAUUUCAAACGCUCCUUCCAAAGGAUUUUAUGCCUCCGGUGGGUGGACAGCGCCGCUGAGGAGCCCAUCGACUACUAUGCCACGGCGCUGAAAAGUCGCGGGUACAGUGUGGACGAGUUUCAGCCGGACAACAUGGAGUCGGACAGCGCGUACAGGAACGGCACGUGCACCUCCAGAACUACUACACUGUAGUGAGCGGCACUAGGUUUGCAGUUUGGUGACUUGAACAGAUAACACACUGUACAUGUCGUUGCCAUGGUCAUUGGAAUAUUUUGUUUAUGUAUUUAUUUGUUUAUUUAUUUAUUUAUUUAUGUAUGUAUUUAUUUAUUUAUUUAAGUGUAUGUGCAGGAAUCAGUUGUUAAACUCCCCCCCCCUGUCUGUUUUAUCAAAUAGGUUAAAUCAGGCAUAUUCCCGAAGUCUUCAGGUCUACUUUCCUGAAGACUUUAUCUCCAACCAUAAUCAUGCCCACCUGACCAUCUAAUCAUUGCCUUAAGAAGUUCUUGAUCAAGUAAAACAGGUGUGUUAGAUUUUGGUUGGAGAGGAAACCUGCAAGAAGCUAGAUCUCAAGGAAGAGAGUUGGUGACCACUGCUGUAGAUACACCGAAGAUAACACUGAAGCCUCGUGAUUGUAUUAGAUAGUGUAGAUUUCAGCCUGAUGUUUGAAACAAGCGAUUCUCAAAACUGAAACAAAUAUGCAGAGUAUUUAUAACAAAACAUGGACACAGAAUAAUCUUAACUAAUGAGCAGUUUUAGGAGAGCCGGACAAGCAUUUUCUUGAACCCAGUCUUUUCUAAUAGAGCUUGUUAAAAGAUUUAAAAAGCUCUGUGGUCACUUUCAGUAAAUGCCACCAAAACAUUCAAAAGAAACAUUAAUGCUUAAUAUGAUAUUCAGGGUGGUUUCUGCCUCCUGCAUCUUUAAUGCAAUUUGUGGGAGUGCCUGUAGCCUGUGAAUCUGCAUGUUCUGUUUAGUUCUGUGUUAAUUUCUUGCCCACUGUGCAUUAAAGGAAAUGCGUGCAGGAAAAAGAUUGUGUCCCCUAACUUGCCAUACUUUGUCGCUCAACUUAUUUGUUCCAUACCUCUACUGUGUCUAUACUGUUUUCUUAACUUUGUUUGAAUUAAAGGAAUAUUUUAGCUAAAAGUGAAAAUUUCACAAUUUUCCUCUUACCCACAGUGUAGUGAAUCAGCAAAUACAUGUUUAGUAUUUUCUUCUUUAGUCUUGCACUAGUGCUAUGAGCCUAAUGUAAGCAACUAUUAUUGUGUGUGUGUGUGUGUGUGUGUGUGUGUGUGUGUGUGUGUGUGUGUGUGUGUGUGUGUGCGCGCGCGCGUGUGAGGAAAGACACAUCAUGAUACUGUAGAUACCAAACUUCAGACAUAAAAAAAGAAAUCUCUUUAUAGAUCUUCGCAAGACCUGUGAACUUUCAUACAAAUACAUUCAUUUUGAGAUAGCAAACUCAAAUCUCUGUCAAAUUACACCUCUUAUACAAAAUUUCUAGAAUUUACAUCAGCCUAAAACAAAGCUAAAAAGCAUGAUUUCCAGAGUAAAAAAAGCAAUUAAACAGGUAGGCUUAUAUAUAUUCAGUGCAUUUCAGG